GCUAACCGGGCGUGGCUCUUAUUGGUUGGGAGCCGUGGCCUCAGUUGCGUACUGGUGCUGUCGGAGUUGGAGAGAUUCAGUCGCCGUUCGGGCAGUUUCUGAGGGAGAUGUGAGAAAGCAAAGAUGAUAUUGAUGCUUUUCUAACCCUUUUCACGAUAGCUUUGAGACUCGAGCGGGGUAAUAGAUGCACCGCCUUUGAGGCUGAUAAGUGUGACAGAUUGGGCUGAUUCCUGUUAUUUGAGAAAACUCAUCUCUCUGACGAUGUGUUAAAUGUCCUUUCAACCAUUAUCAUCUCCUAACUUACGUGAUUCUAGUAACCAAUCAUAAUGAAUCCCAAGAUCGAAUGCCAGUGCGGCGCAGUCCAAAUCACAGCCUCACGACCCCAACCCCUCAGUGUUUACUGCUGCCAUUGUACUGAAUGUCAGAAACAAUCUGCUUCUGCCUUUGGUACAUCAGCCAUCUUCCCAGCUGACGACAUGUGGCCUCUCUCUGAAGAUGUCCUGUCCAAGCUGGGAGUCUGGAAGCGACCUACAGACGAGGGAAAUACCCUGGAGUGCUACUUUUGCAAGACGUGCGGCGUGAGGGUCUUACAUCGUAGCGUCUUGCCGGACGGCCAAGGCAAGCCAUAUCUGUCGGUGAAAGGGGGUUGUGUCGAGGGGUUGAGUUGGGAGAAUGCGGAGCAUAUUUACACUCGGAGCGCUCGUGUUCCUGUGCCUGAAGGAAGUUAUCAAACGGUGCCUGGAGCACAGGAUUAAAUUUUGAGCAUCGGAAGCAAUCAAGCUUCACCACAGGGCCUUGCACCCGUAAGUCCAGAAGAAUGUUUGACUAAGUUUGUAGAAAUGAUUACAAUUAUAAUAACCUCGCGUAUCUAAUACGAUGAUAUUACACGCCCGCGG